GCGUGUUUUAUUAUUUGGUGGAUCAAGUGUCAAAAACCUGACGUUUGAACUGUCAAAUUGUUUGCGGUGCCCAAAUAGAAUCUAUUUACUAACAAGUACAUCAAUUGUUGCUAAAUAUCAAGUGGAAGCUAGUAAUUAAAAAAAAUUAAUAAAUAAGAGAAAGUUGCGAGCAUAUGAUCAAAUAAAAUUUCAGUCAUUCGUGUUUAGUGACUCCAAGAUUUCGUUUAAUGGAAUGUCGGUGUAGUUGGUCAGAAAAAGAUGAUGACUCCAAUGAGCGAAGACGGUGGGCCUUUAAGAGAAUGGGCACCACUAACAAAUCUUCUCCAACAGAUACCGGUCAAACUGCAGAAUGGAAUUUUUACUCAGGAUAUUAAUUUCACUUGCAUCGAUGCGGUGCCAGAAUUUAUAGCCAUCGGGACGAACUGCGGGCUGGUUUAUUGGUUCGAUCGAGCAUCUGGAGACCUCCAGCGCUUAAGGUGUGAGAAUUCCAACUCGAGUAUCACCAGUUUACGAGUAAUCUCCACAGUUGAUUACAUGGUAGCCGCUGGAAAUAAUCACGGGGUGGUGACGGUCUUUCAGAUACCAAAAAAUUUACCCGAGUCGUUACCCGACAGUUUGAAACCCAAGCAAAAGAAACAAAUAGAGCGUUACAAUAUCGGCGGUCUUCAUAAAAGUCCAGUUAGUUCUGUCGAGUGGUCAAAGAAUGGGAUGAAGUUGUUCAGCGGUGAUCAGGACGGGCUGGUCGUACUCACGGAAAUAGAUUUUUAUAUGCAUUUAUCUAAAUCAUCAGAAUUGUUGAAUGAAAAGUAUGCGGUCGUUCAAUUGAGUUACCAGCAAGGGCUGCUGUUGGUGUCAACGCUCUUCAGAACAAUCCUUGUGGACCGGAACCACAAUAGCAAAGUCUCCCAGGUUGGUCAGAAGGAGAGAAAGACGUUGGGGAAGUUGGGUGCUGUCUUUGCUACCCGACAAACGCCGAUUCAGGAGCCAAUUAUCUAUGCUAGUAGGCCAGGAUUAAGAUUAUGGGAAGCGGAUAAAAAUGGUACUGUUAUGAAGACCUUGAUAUUUAAAGAAGCCCUUCAAACAAGUAAUACUCAAGUACUGUUAUUGAAUCCCGCACCUGAAACGUUGAAGAAAAAACGCGGAGAGCCGACUUUCGGUGUCGUCUUGCCGUUUUGCGACGACUUAUUUGUUACUUACAGUGAGGAUUACAUUCAUGUUAUCAAUCCGGUAACUAUAACUAUCACGUCAGUUGUAAGUGACCUGAGAAAAAUAACUGAUGUCGCUUGUACACGUGACGAAAUAUUUGUUUUGGAAGGUGAGAGAAAUAUUUUACGUAUUGCCUACCAUCCGGAGUCUUGUAAUAUUGAAACAACCCCAGAGGAAUUAAAGGAACCGGUUGGAUCAUUUGCUGAGAUGAGCAAACCGGUGACUGCUAGUAUUAUUGGUCUCACGACGAAGCUCAAAGAAAACUCAAUACCUAUUCCAUUUUACAAAAUUAGUCCCAGCAAUAUUAUACAGGCGCUGAGUGUUCUGCCGUCUCGCGGGGUCGAUCCUAAUCCAGUAGUCAGUGGAGAGGAGGCUACCGAGAUGCCGCCAAUUAUCCCACUGAGCAUCGACACUCCUCUGGUCGCAGAAGUUCCUGUUGAGACCGAGCAAGGAACGGAAUCAAAUAAAAUUAAAAAUGACAAUGACGAGGCGCGAAUGAAUAGACGUCAAAUAUUUCAAAAAAUAAGUGAACAAGAUUUCGAAGACGUCGUUUUUACACCGGAGCGUAAAAAUAAAAAACAAAAUAAAUGUAUCAAUGGUAAUUGUAAUACUGAUGAUACUACAAACAGUAUUUUACUAUCACAUCCUACUUAUAAUAUCCAUGAGACACAUUCGUCUUUGCUUACUCUGAGUAUUGACGACGACUCGAUUCUUAAAGCUGAGAGAAAUCUCGAGACGAUACAAAAAGACGUAGAGACUAAAGAAAAAUUAUUAGCUGACGUAUUGAACUUCGAUUGGUCCGAGUACAUGACAAGCAGCCAGAUUUUGUCACCAGACUCCACUACCAAUAAUUCACUCAACACUAUCACCUAUUUAAAUUGUACAGAGCCAACAAUAGAACCAAAAGUAUUAUCGACACGGGAAAAUAAUGAUAUCAGUGAGCAUACUGAUGAGUCUGAUGAAGACGAAAGCUAUCGUACGGAAUUGAAAAAACUUGAAACUCUUGGUGAAUGCAGCAAAAAUUUGUAUACUAUUAAAAAUAAUACCAAGGAUCUGAUUGUUGAUAAUAAAAAAAAUUCUUGCCAAAAUAAUUCACGUGAUUUGGAAAUACAAUUCAAUGAACUGUCAAAAGAAUUUGUAUCCUCAGCAAUUUAUGAAGAAGCUGAAGAUUGGGUGGUUGUUUAAUUAGUUGAAUAAUUAAUUCACACCGAAACAUGUUCAAUUAUUUUGUUAAAUUCGCACAAUUCAUUAUUAUUAUUAUUAUUAGUUAUUAAUUAUUAAGCGAAAUGAACAACUUUAAUCAUAUAAUUACUACUUAAAAAAAAAUAUCUGGAUAGGGUAUGAUUUUUAUCUACUGAUAUAUUAAUUAUAAUAAUUAUUAAUUACUUUACUAUAAAUUAAGUAGAGUGAAUAGUUAAUAUUUAUCUAAUCUACUUUUAUGAAUUUUAAUAUUUUUUAUGCUAGUCAAAUUAGCCCUGCAAGAUAUCAGCCAAUGGU